AUGGUUUUAUUUUCCUUCGUAGGAAAGAAGCUAGAACAACUUUGUAGUGGUUCAUGGUUAGUAAUUUCGGGUUUUUGUAGAUUCGUAUGGUUUCUAGUCCUAUAUUUCUACCAUUAUGUCAUCCGUCGAAUGAACCAAUUUUGUAUCGAAUUGUUCUAUUUUAUUGUUCUUUCUUGUUUUGGUUUUCUUAUCCUAAAUGCAAUCGAUCCAAGAACCACAACAUUUACUCCUAGGAAGUUAGAUAUGUUCUUUACCUCCGUUUCGGCAUCUACUGUUUCUAGCAUGUCUGUCAUUGAAAUGGAGGUUUUCUCUAACGCCCAACUUAUUGUUAUGACACUACUUAUGUUCAUUGGUGGUGAGGUUUUUACUUCAAUGGUUGGACUACUUGUCCGUAGUUUUUCACGUCAUGAUAGUUGUGUAAAAGAGGGAGGCAGAGUAAACGACUCCAUGAGUGAUCUCGGUAUCCCACCAAACUUUCAUGACCAAGUCGAGUUAGGCACCAUAGCCAACCCUGAAUUCGAAAGCUCUAAAUCGGAUAUUUUUGAAUUUGGUCAUGAUCAAGAGUUUGAUACCGAUCAAUUAAAGUAUAAAUCCAUUAAGUUUUUAGGUCUUUUAGUGCUAGGAUACUUAUUUUUUAUACAAUUUUUAGGAGUGGCCUCGGUUUUUUUAUACGUAAAUGUCAUAUCUAGUGCCAAAAUUGUACUUAAACAAAAGGGCAUAAAUACAUUCACCUUUUCUAUUUUCUCCGUAGUUUCCACAUUUGCUAGCUGUGGCUUUGUUCCCACCAAUGAAAACAUGAUGGUUUUCAACAAGAAUUCUGGACUAUUAUUACUUCUAAUCCCUCAAGUUCUUCUAGGGAACAAUUUGUACCCUUCCGCUUUGAGAUUUUUGGUUUGGACAAUCGGAAAAUUCAAAAAGAAAGCUGAAACUAGUUACUUGUUGAAUAACACUCGAGAAAUCAAGUUUCAUCAUUUUCUUUCAUACAUACAUUCAUUGUUUAUUGUGUUUACAAUGUUGGCUUUUAUCCUCAUACAAUAUAUAUUAUUUUCAUCAAUGGAAUGGAACUCUGAUUCUUUGAGUGGCUUGAACAACUAUCAAAAGCUUAUCGGGGUUCUGUUUCAGACCAUCAACACGCGACAUACAGGGGAAACCAUCGUCGACCUCUCCACCAUUGCCGCGGCCUCCUUGGUGUUGAUCGUGGUCAUGAUGUAUCUUCCUCCAUAUACUUCGUAUUUACCAAUAUGGGCAAAAGGAAAUGGAGAUAGAAAUAGCGAUCAAAGAAGAAGAAAAAGCAGAAGAGUUUUAUUGAAUAAUAUCGUAUUCUCGCAACUCUCUUAUCUCGUCGUCUUCAUCAUCCUCGUUUGCAUAACGGAGAGGAAAAAGAUCAAAGAAGAUCCCCUCAAUUUUAAUGUCCUAAAUAUUGUAGUCGAGGUUAUAAGUGCAUAUGGAAAUGUGGGGUUCACGACGGGCUAUAGUUGUGAUCGUCGACUGAAACCAAGUGAUGGCAUUUGUGAAACCAAAUGGUAUGGUUUCUGCGGAAAAUGGAGCGACGGGGGGAAACUGAUUCUGAUUGUAGUUAUGAUUUUUGGUAGGCUUAAGAAAUUUAACAUGAACGGAGGCAAAGCUUGGAAGCUCUUGUAAUUAUAAUUGAUGUGCUCCACAGAUGAAUUAUCGUUUCUAGCCUUCUUUUUUCUUCUCCCUUAUAUGUAAACUUAUCUAUAAAAUGUGUUUUUUUGAUUUAAAACAUACAUGAUAAUUUUUGACC